GCUUCGUCGAGCUCAGCUCGAUGAGCGAGCGACUAGCGAGGCUUCCUUCUCUACUCAUCACUACAACUCCUCCCCUUCCUCACCACUCACCCCAAAAGAUACAACGACCGCUGCCUCUCCUCCUCGGAGCACGCCGAAUCAGCCGAGGUCGCCCAGCCCGCGCCUGCGCCUGCGCAUCUCUCGCCCACUCCCCGCUCCGCCUCCUCUUCGCCGACGUCGUCGCCCGCGUCAUGCGUCAUCGCCUCUGGAGAAGACAUUGUCCACGUCCUCAUCAAUAGAUAGCGGCCUAGGCGUUUGACCGCUUCGAGCAGAAGUGGGGCACGCUGAGGCCAAGUCAAGCCAGUAGGGUGGUGGAGCUCUUCUGUGCAGAGUCCUGCGUGCGAGCGGCCUGCGCCUUACCCGCCGACAUCGGGGCUACGCUGGAGAGGGAGCGCGACCAAAGGCAGAGUGGAGCCCGCGCCGCCACAUCUUCAUCAGCAACAGCCUCGUCAUCGAUGCCCGCGGCUCGCAACUCUUCCCCUUCCUUCUCGCUCCCAGCACGUCACGCGCACGUACAGGCCCCGGCCCCGGCCCCGGCCCCGACCCCGACCUCGAUCCCUGCGCUGGCCGUUGGCUCACUCCCACUGCCUGCUCCAGCAGCGGUGCCUGCAGUGUUAAGACAGGCAGCGGCGUCGCCCUCGCCAUCCACAGCCGGACCUGUCGCUUCGCUCCCUCCUUCACUCGGCACCUCCGACACCGGCGCCGCUUCAUCCUCGGACGAGCUGGCUCAGCUUCCCCUCUGGCUUGCCUUGUGGCGCUUCAGCGACCAUCCCAGCCAGGAAAGGAUGACGGACUUCACUGACCAGAUCCUCGAUCUCAUCAAGGAUGUCCUGAGGUUAAUCGGGAGGCAGCCGGACUACGAGUUCGUGCUGCAAGUCAUGUGGAGAGUCGAAAAAGCUUUGGCUGGGAUGGAGAUCGGGCGUGACGGGGUGAGAAGGCACCGUGUCUUCGCGGAUGCCCAGACCAGGAUGCAGGGGGAGAGGCAGGCAGAGGUGGUUAUCGUCGUAGACUUCCUCCUUUGGCAAAGCAGCGCCACUCACGACAUCGCCUCGUACGACAAUGGCUUCAAGCAAGGGGUGUACGAGCACUACCCUCUGCCCCAGUUCCUUGGUUUCGUCACUGAGGAUGGGGAGCCAUGCAAGGGGAGGUACAGGGACAUGAUGGAGGCUGGUGAGAUGCGGCGCGUGCUCAAUCACAUGUCAGCGCGCCGUGCGCAGGCAUUGAAGCGGAUGGAGUACUUGCGCCCUGCCUUUUACACCGGUUGCCACCGAGCUGCGCCUGGGUUCCAGGAGGAUGGGGAGGCGGACGAGAUGGAGAUGGUCUCCAAGAAGCAGCUGCAUUACCACGAGAAUGCACGCAGCUUUGACAAGACGCUCCAUGUCCGGGCGAGGCUCAAGAGUGGGGCAAGCGGCGAGGAGGGCAAGGCAGGUGGCAGUGGGCGCGAUGGAGGGGGGACCGGACAGGCGAGAGCAGAGGGCAGCACGUCUGGCGGCGGCUUGUUGAAGAGGCCCAUGGGGAAAGGGGGGAUGAGGCCGGCACCUCGCACGCAGCGCGGGAAGAACGACGUCUUCUCUCCCUACUGGCCUCUUCCCUCUCUGCACGGUCGAGGCAUUUGCGGCAGGGACGCAGGAAGGGAGGAGGGGCGGCGAAUCUCUUGUGGAUUGGGCUUGGAGGCACUUUCGCGAGAAAGACGCCGACAGUGAGGAGCAAGCGAGCAUCUGCCCGUUGAGGGGUGUCCACUCAUGCUCACAGGGCUGGCAGAACGCGAGGGCAGCGGCGAGAAAGGAGGGGAAGGAGAUGACGGAGGAGCUCUCAAGUGAGCACGUUCGACGUAGGCACGCCACGAUCAGAGGCCACGUCGGACACCACGAUGAGCAGCUAGAGGCCAUCAUUCAAUCGAACCCCGUUCACUCACCUGAG